GGGUUGAAAGAUGUGGAAAAUGUGUGUCCUUACCUACUAUAGGACAACUACCCUUUCUCAAGCACCUUGUCAUUACAAGAAUGGCCAAGGUGCAGAGGCUUGGUCCUGAGUUUUAUGGGAAAGGUUGCUUGAAAUCUUUUCAAUCUCUAGAGACACUUCGCUUUGAGGAUAUGCAAGAGUGGCAAGAUUGGAUUCCUUGCAAGGUUGAUUAUGAAGAAUUCCCUUACUUGCGUGAGCUUUCUAUCUCUCGAUGCCCCAAAUUGCAAGGAAAAUUGCCCUGCCAUCUCCCAUUGUUGGAAAAAUUUUCUAUUCAUAAUUGUGAGCAGUUGGUUGUUUCAAUCCCAAGCCUUCCAAUGCUUCAUAAAUUUGAAAUUGUGGGAUGCAAAGAGGUGAACAUAAGCAAAUUUGAGUUAUACUUGCCAAAGUCGAUGGUUCUUUAUAUUCCAGAUCUGAAAAGCUUGAUGGAGGAUUUCAUGCCUGGAUUAGCAAAGGUAGAAAAUCUGACAAUAAGGGAUUGUAAAGAGUUAUCUCUGUGGCAAGAUAGGCUUAAUUCCCUUAUAACACUAGAUAUUAGAUCAAGCCCAAGUCUGGUCAACAUCAACUACUUGAUGUCUACUUUAAGGAUACUAAGAAUUGGAGAUUGCAAUGCUUUGAAAUCCUUGCUGAUGUCUAAUUGUACAUGUCUGGAAUAUGCAACUAUUGAGAAAUGUGAUUCUUUGACAUUCAUUUCAAGAGGAAAGUUACUUCCAACUUUGAAAAGGUUAGAGAUAAAAUAUUGUGAAAAAUUGCUGUUUGUGGUAGAUGAAGAGGGAGAGGCUUCUUCUUCGCAUCCUUCUUUAUUGAUGAACAAGAAGAAUCUUUGCAGCAACAGUUACAGCUAUGGGUCUCUUCUUGAGCACUUGGAGAUUAGUGAUUGCCCAUCUCUAAAAUGCUUAUGGGACUUACCUACCAUGCUUAAACACCUUGAGAUUCAUGAUUGCUUAGAGCUGACAUCCUUGUCAUCAAGAAACCAGUUACCUACAGCCCUUAAACGUCUUGUUGUAAGGAUUUGUCCAAAACUGGAGUCAGUGGCUGACAAGUUACAUAAUAAUGCGUCUCUUGAACAUCUUGAAAUCUGGAAUUGUGAAAGGCUUAAAUCCUUACCUGCGGGCCUACACAAACUCUACCAUCUCAAUAAAAUCGACAUAUGGGGCUGUUCUAGUCUUGUUUCCUUCCCGGAUGGAGGGGCACUCCCCACCAGCCUGAGAGAGCUUUCAAUAUCAAAUUGUGAGAAACUAGAGGCCUUACCUAACCUCACCUAUCUUGAAAAAUUAACAAUAAGGGAAUGUCCAAGCAUCAUAUCCUUUCCAGAAGAGGGUUACCCUACCAACCUAACAUCACUUUCAUUGAGUGGGAUGAAUAUUUGUAAGCAAGUGUUAUUUGAGUGGGGAUUAUUGCAUGGACUCAUGUCUCUUAGAGAUCUCUGGAUUGACGUUGAUGGUGGAUUUCCGGAUUGGAAGUCGUUUCCAGAGGAGGAAGAUGGGAAAUUAAUGAUGAUGAUGCCUAGCUCUCUCACCACCCUCUGGAUUUGUGAUUUUCCAAAUAUAGUAUUUCUAUCCUCGGAGGGAUUUCAAAAACUCUCUGCUCUUGAACAGUUGUGGAUCUGGUUUUGCCCUAAACUUGCAUCCCUCCCAGACAAGGGUCUGCCUCCUUCACUUCUAGAACUUGAUGUUAUUGGGUGUCCAAUUCUGAAAAAACACUGCAAGAAAGGCAAAGGGCGAGAGUGGUUCAAGAUCGCCCACAUCCCUCGCGUUCAGAUUGAUGGCAGGUCUGUCUAUGAGUUGGAAGAGGAGGAGCUAUAAUUGUGUAAAACAGAGACGAAAGAAGUCUAGAUAUUUACUCCUUCCAGGUUAGGAAACAUGGUUUGGGACAUGAUGAUCAGUGGAUAUGCACAUAAUGCUGGCUGGAUUUUUAAUACUAUGCCCAAGGAGGUUGUCAUUUCAACCAAAGAUUAUGAUUUGCACAGAUAAUGGAUGCAUUGUCAUCUUUGCUGCAGUUGGCAGUUAUUCCAUAAAUGUAAGCCACUCUUUGGGCUAUUUGAAAUGCAAGAAUGUGACCACGUUUGAAGGGAAGGUUGUCAGUGCUUCUCAAGCUCUUAACUACUGCAGCCAUAUGAUCACGAUUUGUCAAGUUCCUGGGUGCAACUGGAUAUGGUUUGUUAAUUGUUGAUUGUCAGGUGUGGGAAAUGCAGAUCUUCGUGUAAGGUAGUACCAAAAGAAAGAGUUUCUGGUGAGGUGCAAGCUUUAUAAGACAAUUUGUGAAGCCUUUUCCUUUGUACUUAUGAAAGGCAUGAUGGCUGUACUUGUACUUAUGAGUAGCUUUGGGGUUUGUAGCCUUUCUUAUGGAAUGCAAACACCAAGCUGCAGCAUUGUUGUGCUGCGUUUGCAAUUUUAUAAACUCUGGUUUCGUGAAGUCCCUGGGAGAAUUCUCAUUAAUGCUGGUAAACUUGCCAAUUUUGUGACUUCCUCUU